UUCCCGCUCAAAUACGCUUUUUCCAUCGAGGUAAGGCAGCAAAAGCGCGAGCGCUCACGUUUCAAAUGUUUCAAAUAAAACGUGAGCCUUUACGCUUAUUGCUUCCUUUAACCUCGUUGGAAUCAGAAAAGACGAUUUUUCUGAUUCGAAAUUAGUAUUAGUUCACCGCUAUUUGUGGCUUAUAUAUUUACUUGUGAGUUUGUUUGAGACCAGGUACGUGUUUGUCCAUUACAAAAUUUUUGCAAGAUUGCUGAUGCAAUCACUUAUAAAUUUGUGUUAUUCCACUUUUGUUAAGAUUCCUUUUUUAUAUUUUGAUUUAAUUUUUAGUCUUCGAACUAUCGAACUUGAGGAAACUUCUGUGGGACAAUUCUGUGAAAAUAUGGCUUCUGAUAAAGUAAAAAUUUUUUUACAAGAUGCAGAGAACAAUGAAGUUUUCUCUAUUUUAGUGACUCCAGAGGAAGCAAAACGUUUGGAAACAGAUAUCAUUUUUGCAAUUGAAAAAUUAAAUGAGGCAAAACAUAAUAAAUAUGAUGAUAACAGCGUAAAAAAUAUUGGAAUAGAAUCUUCAUCACGUGACCAGAAUGAAGAAGUUGGAGGUAUUUUUCAUAAAUUUUUUAAGUGGCCGCAUGAAGCCAUUCUUCUAUUAAUAGAAGAAUAUAAAUUAAGGGAAACAGAUUUUACCAGCGGAAAAAGUUCACAGAGGAAAAUAUGGGCUUCAAUUGCAGAAGAAAUGAAAAAACAUGGGCAUGAUGUAACUGGACCGCAAUGUUUGUCGAAGUUUUCCGGACUCAAACGCACAUACAAAAGUAUAAAAGAUAAUAAUAAAAAAUCAGGAUCAGGAGCAAGAAUGUGGCCAUAUAACAUGGAUGAAUUAUUACAUUCCAAAUAUAUGUCACCGUUAACGACUUUGUCUUCAACGGGAAAAAGGACUGAAAAAUCUUCAGAAUUUAAUAGCAUAAGUGAUACAUGUAACGAUGUAGCUGGACCAAGUAGUAGUAGAGUUAACUUGGACGAUGAAAAGCCAGUGCAUAGUACAACGGGUAGGAGUCUUUUGACUACUUUGCAAUUAAUCACCAGCCACACUCAUAGUGCUUAA